AUAAUACAAAACAGUUGUUGUCUGACUCGGGACAAAAGCGAUGUACUUUCUUAAGUUUGCCAUACUAUGGACAGUAGUGUGCUUCUCUGGAACCUUAGGACAGUUUUUCCAGGAUGAUGUGUUCGUUGAUGUCCAGGAAAUGCCAGAUGAAUGUCUUGCUGAAGCGAAGGAAAACGACGUGUACCUGGUCCAUUAUCGCGCCUACCUCCCAGAUGGAAAAUUGAUCUUCUCCAGUUUUGAUAACGAGCGUCCAGUUGUAUUAAUUCCGAAUAGUCAAAUAGGGACCCUAGGGCUGAGGAAAGGUAUCGUGGGGAUGUGUGUGGGUGAGGUCCGGGUACUAACGGUCCCCUCCAAUCUAGCCUACGGCGAGGAAGGUCAUGGGGCCAACAACGGUUUCCUAGAACCAGUGCCUCCGAAUUCGGAGUUGAUAUACGAGGUGGAACUCAUAUUUGCUAAUGACGAUAAGCAGAUGAAUGAUGCGUUCGAUUCCAUUGAUAACAAUGGCGAUGGCUACUUGGAUCGACAAGAGAUCCGGUACCAAUUUACUCUUCUGGAGGCCGAACCCGCCGCAAUGAGCCUCGGAUUUGGGGGACCGGAAGUGAUUGAUAAACUGUAUGAGCACAUGUUCAGUACUAAUGACAAGGAUCAGGAUGGAAGACUCUCUCGGGAGGAGUACAUGGGGGCUCUCCCUAAGGCAGAACUCUGAGGUCUCAAAAGGAACACUACUCACCCCAGACUCAAAAGAUCGAACACUACUCACCCAAGCUCAACUUCUUUCAUGUUUUCUAUAUUUCGUAUGAAAGAGUUGUUUGUGAAAUGACUUGGAAAUUUGCAAUAUAUAUUAAAUGACGAAUUACUGAUUACCUUAUAUUAAAAAUAAAUUUAUAUCAAUGGUCAAA